AUGUCCGGCAAAUGGCAGAUCUCAAAUCGCUUCGCUCAAGUGUCCAAGGCUAUCAAGAAGAACGUGUACACAGAUGUCGGGAUACGGAGGGUCCCCAAAGCAGACAUUGUGAAUGACCAGCUCUCCACCGAUAUUCUUCAGCGACUGUCACCUUACCUCCGGCGAAACACGCCAGUCGACAUCCUCGAUUUGUGGCCCUCCACAGGGCUUUGGUCCUCCAAAGUCAAUGAAUUCCUCAAACCUCGUCGUCAUGUACUCAUUGAACCGGGCAUAAAAUAUUACGGGAAAUACCUCGACUCACUUGUCAAGAGCGGACGAGGCUUCGAGCUCCUCUCCUUCGAUCCGUACGACUUGAAUGAUUGGAGCGAUAUAUUUGCCAAGCAUCUACCCGAACAAGGGCCUUCGAGUACGCCAGACGCCCAAGUGCUGCCCAAGAAUGACACUCUACUUGUGCUGGCCAAUAUACCCGAACAGCGUAACAUAAGAGACCAUUAUACUCCGGGACGAUGGUGGAGCACAAUGAUGCAGAGCUGCCUGGACCAAAGAGGAGUGCACAUGUACGGCAGUGUUCGAAUAUUGGCCUCGAUUCCGGGAAACGCCAAGUGCAAUAUCCUCCCGCGCACUGUCAUCGACCGCAGACGGACCGCUAUGUUAACAGAGACCGUGUCACAGCACACAUUUGAGGUCGCUAGCACCUAUGAGAAUGAACAAUGGAUUAGCUUAAGGGAAUGGGAGCCACUGAAUCUCAACCGGGAGCGAGUCGCCGAACGAGCCGCCGCGCACAACAUCAUCACUCCAGCCGGCCGGGAGAUACCCCCGCUGGAAUCGGCACCGCCGAGUCCUCGGCCUGGGAAGCUUACACAAGAGCACGCACUUCGGCCAGCCAUGGAUUGGCACAAAUCCGUGUUGGAGCGCAUCGCGGCCGGGGAAAAUGACUCGAAAAGAGGUACGGCCGCCAAAAAGGAUGGACGAGCCGCCAUAUACGCACUGAACCUCGACAAUAAACAAGCCUGGUGGCGUCAACUGGCUGCCAACACCCGCCUCGAAGCCGACGAAGCUAACCGAAGUUUGUCGCGCCUAGCUGCCGACCCUGAUAAGGAUGCCGAAGAGCUCGAGAGGGCCGACAAACGAUAUGCUGGAAUCAAGGCCACGUUUGAUAAAAUACUCGGAAAGAUCCACUACCGUGUCGUGAGAGGUCAUGACCGCGUAACCGACGACGGCCGUAUCAUGGCCGACACCGGCGGGACUUUCGACGACUCCGUGUUCAUCUUCGACCGCCGGCCAUUUGAAGCGUUGCGCAUAGACCCAGAGGAACAAUACCCCCGUGUACCGCGAACCUUUGUGUACUUCGAAGCAGAUCCCAACCCCCCGGUGGUGCAGAAACUCAGUCUGCUCUCACACGAGAAGCGUGGAGAGCUUAUGGAGCUCUUCGACAUUCUCUCGUCGGUUUUCAGCACUCGCAUCCUACUGAGUCUGUCUGAGCUUUACGAGAUCAUCUCACCCAAACGAACUCCCAACGAAAUCGUCAAAGACCUCCCGGUCCUGGCUAGGUAUGCCACGAAGCGGCUGAAACCCGGCUCUGGUCCCGUCGCGCUGGAGGACCCUACGUUGGAUCCAAACGAUUGCUUCCAGGAGAACAUCGACUACGAUCUCUCCGAUACGCGGAUACGGCGCCUCCCCGUCUCCGUGAUAUGGGACAUUCUGUUGAAUUAUCAAAACAAUGCGGCAGAUGUUUCCCCGAGGCAAUUCUCAAGGUUGCUCGGAGGGACCGUAACAGGGGCAGUCGCCGGGGCUGGAUCGGCGCAAGAAUUUAAACUGCGCUAA